UUUAUCCGACAUUUGAAGUUGCAUAAAGAACGGUCUGUGGCCUCAGAAUCGUUGUCUGUUGACACAUUCAGCUAUAAGAAUGAUGUCUACGUGGCCAUUUCUGCUCCCAGCACAGAGAGCUGUAUGAUUUUCCAGUGGGACCACAUAGAAAUGAACUUCAGGACUUAUGAUAACAUCACAGGUCAGUCCAUUGUGGGGUGCAAAUCUGUCAUCAUCAAAUAUGAGGUGUUUGUCAUUGUGGCUCAGCUGUUUGGUGGUUCCCACAUUUACAAGUUUGAUGACGACCAAAGCAGGUUCAAUAAGUUCCAGGAUAUCGAAGUGUCCAAGAUCUCUAAGCCCAAUGAUAUUGAGGCCUUCCAGAUUGGCUCUGAUUGGUUCUUUGUGAUUGCUGACAGCUCAAAAGCUGGCCUCUCCACCCUCUACAAGUGGAAUGAUAAUGGCUUUUAUUCGUACCAGUCACUGCACGAGUGGUACCGCGACACGGAUGUAGAGUUUCUCGACUUGGAUGGGAAAGCUCACCUUAUUCUAGCGAGCCGCUCACAGGUUCCAGUGAUCUACCAGUGGAGCCGGAGCAACCAGAAGUUCAUCCUGCAGGGUGAGAUCCCCAACAUGGAGGAUGUAGUGAUUGUGAAACACUUCCGGAUCAAGGAGGAGCUCUACCUGGCUAUGACGCGGUAUAUCGGUGAUUCCAAAGUUCUGCGUUGGGGCACCAAACAGUUUGCUGAGAUCCAAGCUUUGCCCUCUCGAGGCUCCAUGAUUCUCCAGCCGUUCUCUUUCAAGGAACGUUACUAUCUGGCUCUGGGAAGCGACUACACCUUCUCACAGAUCUACCUGUGGGAUGAGGACAACAAAAUCUUUGACCGCUUUAAGGAGGUGUACAUCCAAGCCCCACGCUCUUUCACCGUGGUAUCUACCGACCGCAGGGACUUUAUUUUUUCCUCGAGCUUCAAGGGAAACACGCAGAUCUUUGAGCACAUCAUCAUCGACCUGAGCUUGUGAGGGGCUGUGCCUUAUCGUCGCGUCUGAAAUCAAAUGUCUUCCACUUGAAAGACAAAUUCAAGAAG